AUGUCUUCGUCAUCUUUCCCCGGCUCCCGCUUCCCCUUCGCCGCCGUUGGCGCCGGUGCUGGAGCCUCCGGCGGAAGCGGAGCCGGAGGCAGCGGGAGCAGCGUGCGGCCGUGGGGAUCGAGCGGAGGGACGUCGGUCUCGUCGUCGGGGAAGCGGAUACAGAAGGAGCUGCUGGACCUCAAUGCUUCCGACUGCUCCGCCGGUCCCAAGGGCGACAACCUCUACCACUGGCUCUCCACCAUCAUUGGACCCCAAGGGUCACCAUAUGAUGGAGGGAUAUUUUUCCUUGAUAUCGUUUUCCCACUUGAUUAUCCUUUCAAACCUCCUAUGGUGACUUUCAAAACAAGGAUUUACCAUUGCAAUGUUGAUUCCACUGGGGCAGUGAGUUUGGAAAUUUUGAAGGAUGGCUGGAGUCCAGCUUUAACUAUUUCAAAGGUGCUACUGGCGAUCAAAGCCAUCAUCACAAAUCCGGAUCCAUACAACCCACUUGUGGAGAGCAUUGCACGUCUGUACCUGACUGAUAGAGCUAAGCAUGAUGAAAUAGCUGCUGAAUGGACAUUGAGAAUAUUGGCCCCUUGCUUACGAAUGCUAACUUCAAUCCCACUUCAUGGAGGAAUGAAAGGCUACUACGACAGACCACAAACAAUGGCCACCGAGUGUGAGGUGAACAAAUCUCGCCGCUUCGAUCGCGGCAUGUCGAGGCGGACACGAAAACCAGUGAGCCUCGUCGCUUGUUAUGAAGAUCGGUAUGUGCCGCCCCUGGCACGACAGCUGCUCCACGAGGCCAAGCUGAAGAGAUUGCUCCAGUGCGAAGAUAUAAAAGAGCUGCGGGCACCUCAGCAAUGUGAAGAUGCAGAGCAGCAGCUGGAGAUUCCACAGGCACCACAGGAGUGUGAAGGUGUUGAGAAGAAGGCACCAGAGCAAUAUCAAGAUGAGCAAGAGAAGAAACCACAGCAAUAUGAAGAUGGAGAGCAGGAGAAGAAACCACAUCUGCACCAAGAUGAGGAGCAGAACGUACCAAAGCAAUAUCAAGAUGAGGAGGAGACAGGACAGCAACAGCAAGAUGAUGAUGCGCCAGAGCAAUGCCUAGAUGAGGAUCAAAAGACACCGGAGCAAUACCAAGAUAAGGAGUUGGAGGAAGAGGAGGAAGAGGAGGAGGAGGAGCAAAACAUACCAGAGCAAUACCAAGAUGAGGAGUUGGAGGAGGAUCAAAAGACACCAGAGCAAUACCAAGAUGAGGAGUUGGAGACCGAGGAGGAGGAGCAAAACAUACCAGAGCGAUACCAAGACGAGGAGGAGGAAGAGGAUGAGCAAAACAUACCGGAGCAAUAUCUUGAUGAAGAGCAAAAGAUAGCACAACAAUACCAAGAUGAGAAGGCAUCAGAGGAAUGCCAUGUUGAGGAGCAAACGGCACCAGAGAAAUGCCAAGACGAGGAAGAGAAGACAGGCAAACAAUGCCAAGAUGGGGAUGAGAAGGCAUCAGAGCAAUAUCAAGACGGAGAUGAGAAAACAUCAGAGCAACAUCAAGAUGAGGAACAAAAGGCACCGCGGGGAGGCCAAGACACGAAGCAGAAGACCCUGGCGCAGCGCCUAAGCGUGAAGAAGCCGAUCACGCCGCCACCUGCGGGUGACGUGCCACGGCUUUCCCUCCUGGAGCUGAUACGGGAGAAGCAGCUUGGCACCGGAGAAGCAAAAGCUGGCAGGGACUUGGGCUACGGGGAGAAUGCCAUUGCUGACCAUAGAGCAGCAGCAGCAGCAGCUGGCGGCACAACAUUGGCCAUGGUGAUAAGGAGGCCCGACGGAGGGAAGAAGAAGUCGCCGGGAAUCGUCCGCCGGUGCGUGAAGGCCUUGAACCAGAUGAUCAAGGCCAAGCAUGGGUCCAAGAAGAGCGUACCUUUCAAGGAGGUAUGA